AUGUACGGUGUGUGUUAUCUAGGUGUGAAGGAGGGGAACUCAAUUGAUGGAUACUUUCUUCAGGUUACAAACUAUUGUUAUUAUCUAAAAGAUGUUGCUUCCUCUGCACUAUCAGAUGAUGAUUUCACUCAGGAGGAAUGUGAAGAGUUGCAACAAAGAAUAAAGAAUGGCUAUGUGAAGAGACUUACUGUUGUAGAGAUGGAAGACAAAGUUCGAAGUUUGCAUGAAGAUGUGACAAAACAUUGGAUUGCAAGAGAACUUGUAUCGUUACCAAGGAAAAUCAACCAGGCUAGUGAAAAGGGAUGGAAAAGAGAAUAUCAUUUUUCUUAUCUGGAUAGAAGGGAGCUUCUUAGCAAUCCGGAAGAACAGGCGAGGCUAUUGCUUGAAGUUCCUGAAGUUAUUGCAGAAGAACUCGAACCUGAACGUGUUGAUGUUGAUGUGAAUACCGAAGAUGAGUUCAUGGAACCAAACCCUGAAGUAUCCAUUGAGACUCAUCACAAUGAUUCACCUGUUGCUGGUCUAGUGAAAUCUCAAGAAAUUCCUCAGCUCUGUGAUGAAGAAGAAGAACAACCACCAUGGGCUGUUUCUGUAGGUGCGUCCCAUGUUUUGUAA